AUGGUAUUCUUUCAGAGCGUUACAACUCCUCUCUAUUCAAUCGCGUGGACCCCUCAGGGACAGGGCUCUUACGCCGGCACUUGUAUCUUUCUAAUUGUGCUUGCUCUGCUGCACCGCAUUCUAAUCGCGCUGAGAUCUAUCAUCUUCGACUCAAAUCCGGGACUCCAUCGUCAUAGCAAAGCUAUCUCAUCUUCUGAUUCGGACGAUUACCCGGGUAGUAGAAGCGACUUGGAGUUAAUGGGUGGUCAAUUCAGGACCCAGUGGAAUAGUCACCCGUUCAAGGUUGCCACUGAGACGUUUCGUGCCUUGCUCGAGGUCGUAAUUGGAGGUAUCGGAUACUUGCUUAUGUUAGCAGUGAUGACUAUGAACGUGGGAUAUUUUCUGUCUGUUCUUGGAGGCAUCUUCCUUGGCACCUUCGUCGCUGGUCGGUUUGGUGCUGGUGACAACCAUCAUUGA